UUCCUGAAGACAUAGUAUGUUUUGAAUGUGUGAAGUGAACAGUAUUGACUACCAACGUUUAUAUGAAUUUCACAAUGUAGUGAAAUGUACAAAUAAACUCUGCAUUUAUAUCAAAACGUGCGAAAUUCGCGAAGGAUAAAUUACUAUUAUUGAAUAUAAAUUUAAGUACGGUAUAGUGCAUUUAAAUACAAAAUAUAUAGAUAAUUGACAACUAAACGUGUAAUUCAUCAUGCCGCAAAACGAAUACAUUGAGAGACAUCGUAAGCUGUAUGGGCGACGAUUAGAUUAUGAAGAAAGGAAAAGAAAAAGAGAGGCUCGUGAGCCUCAUAAACGAGCAGAACGGGCUCGUACUUUACGUGGUAUAAAAGCAAAGAUUUUCAACAAAGAAAGACGAAAUGAGAAGAUACAAAUGAAAAAGAAAAUUAAGUCUCAUAUGGAAAAGAAAGUAAAGGAAAAGUCGAAUGAUGUACCAAAUGGAGCAUUACCUGUAUAUCUGCUAGAUCGUGAUGUUAAAAAGGAUGCAAAAGUUUUGUCAAAUAUGAUAAAACAAAAACGCAAAGAAAAAGUUGGUAAAUGGGAUGUACCAAUACCUAAAGUUAAAACACAGUCAGAAUCUGAAGUUUUUAAAAUAAUGAGAACUGGAAAAUCUAGACGCAAAUCUUGGAAGCGAAUGGUAACAAAAGUAACAUUUGUUGGUGAGAACUUUACAAGAAAACCACCAAAAUUUGAAAGAUUUAUUAGACCAAUGGCAUUACGUUUUAAAAAGGCACAUGUAACUCAUCCUGAAUUAAAGACCACAUUUUAUUUGCCAAUUAUUGGAGUUAAGAAAAAUCCGAGCUCAUCUAUGUAUACCAGUUUAGGUGUUAUUACUAAAGGAACAAUCAUUGAAGUAAAUAUUUCAGAAUUAGGUCUUGUAACUCAGUCUGGAAAAGUAGUUUGGGGAAAAUAUGCUCAAGUUACGAACAACCCUGAAAAUGAUGGAUGUAUUAAUGCUGUUUUACUUGUAUAAAUUAUUAUUGAAUGACUACAUAAUUGAUUUACAUGUAAAUCAAAAAGACGGUUACAAUAAAAAAAUACAUUUGCUGACAUACAAA